AUGGCUGCAACUUGUGAGAUUAGCAACAUUUUCAGCAACUACUUCAGUGCCAUGUAUAGCUCGGAGGACCCUACUCUGGCACCUGCUCCCCCUGCGGCCACCUUUGGGGCCGAUGACCUGGUGCUGACCCUGAGUAACACACAGAUGCCUCUGGAGGGCACAGGGAAAGCCAGCUGGUUAGGGGAGCAGCCUCAGUUCUGGUCCAAGGGCCAGGUUCUGGACUGGAUCAGCUACCAAGUGGAGAAGAACAAGUACGACGCAAGCUCCAUUGACUUCUCACGGUGUGACAUGGAUGGGGCCACACUCUGCAGCUGUGCCCUUGAGGAGCUGCGCCUGGUGUUUGGGCCUCUGGGGGACCAGCUCCACGCCCAGCUGCGGGACCUCACUCCCAGUUCUUCUGAUGAACUCAGCUGGAUCAUUGAGCUCUUGGAGAAGGAUGGCAUGGCCUUCCAGGAGACCCUAGGAAACUCGGGUCCCUUUGACCAGGCAAGCCCCUUCGUCCAGGAGCUGCUGGAGGACUGCCAGUACCCCAACAGCUAUGGCGCAGGGGCCCCCUCCCCUGGCAGCUCAGAUGUCUCCACUGCAGGCACUGGCACACCUCAGAGCUCACACUCCUCAGACUCUGGUGGAAGCGACCUGGACGUGGAUCCCAAUGACAGCAGCAAGCUCUUCCCCAGUGGUGGCUUUCCAAGCUAUAAGAAGGGGGACUCCAAGCAUGGGAAGCGGAAACGGGGCCGGCCGCGAAAACUGAGCAAAGAGUCCCAGGAGUGUUUGGAGGGCAAGAAGAGCAAGCAUGCCCCCAGAGGUACCCACCUGUGGGAGUUUAUCCGGGACAUCCUCAUCCACCCAGAGCUCAACGAGGGUCUCAUGAAGUGGGAGAACCGGCACGAGGGCGUCUUCAAGUUCCUGCGCUCCGAGGCUGUGGCCCAGCUGUGGGGUCAAAAGAAAAAGAACAACAGCAUGACUUAUGAGAAGCUGAGCCGGGCCAUGAGGUACUACUAUAAACGGGAGAUCCUGGAACGAGUGGACGGCCGGCGGCUUGUCUACAAGUUUGGCAAAAACUCCAGUGGCUGGAAAGAGGAAGAGGUUCCUGGAAGUCGGAACUGA